GCACCAUGCCUUUCAAAAGAUCUUAACAAGGCUCUUCACCCUGCUUUAUCAUAGUGGACGAAAUGAGCAUGAGGUAUCUUGGAUUUGUUCUCCUGGUUUGGAUGCAUGGAGUGCUGCAUGCACAAGAUGCAGCUAAGUCUUGUAGCGCUCCCAAACUGGCUGGUGGUUAUUUUGUCCCUGUUCAAAGAAAUUAUCCUCCUGGAGCUAAGAUCACUUAUGCCUGUGAUGACAGAUUUAAACCAGUAGUGGAGGAUUGGUGGGCAACCAGCACAUGUGAAAAUGGCACAUGGGUUCAUGAACCACAAUGUAUUGAUGAACAAGACUGCAUUUCACCAACAAUCCCCAAUGGAUAUAACAGUAAAAACUCAACUUGGUAUAAGAACGAAAGCGUAUUAAGGACAAAAUGUAACAACGGAUAUGAACACAAAGACCGAGUCACAACAGCCAAAUGUGUAGAUGGAAACUGGUUGUCUUUGCCCAUCUGUCAGAAAAGUACCACUGCAUGUGGCCAGCCCCCUAAAGUCCCCCAUGCUGUAAUAAUUCAUCAGAGAUACCAGGAGGUUUUUCCUGCAGAUUCAGAAGUGCUGUAUAAAUGUGAAGAUGGAUACGCUACAGAGGAAGCAUCCAGCAGCAAGUCCAUCUAUUGCAUAGCUGGGAACUGGGAUGAAGUCCCAACAUGCAGAUAUUCUAGCAGGUCUGGAUCAAAUACAAAAGAGAGUCAAACUCAAAUCCGAAUCAGCAACUGUGGAAAACACCCUACCAUAGAAAAUGGUGACGUUGUGAAGACUACUGACAUGUUUUUGAGAUUCCGCUGCAAUAGCUUUUACAGACGAGUGGGUCCAGAGAAAGUGAUGUGUGAUGCAGAUCACACAUGGUCAGAAAUACCCAUGUGCGAAGCUGCCUUCUGUUCUUUGGACACUACUGAAUAUCCUGACUUAAUACCUGAUGGAGUUAAAUAUAUAAAAGAUGGUGACAGAGUGGAAUUGAAAUGUCUGAAAAAACACUGGCGCUGGGUGUCAGAUCAUUACUCUUUGGUCCAGUGCAUUAAUCGAAAAGUUAAGUUAACAAAAUGUUGUGGCUAUUUCGAAAGAAAUACGAACACUUGCUGGGGCUCUAUGACCAUGUUGUCUUAGGACUUGAUCACCACUGACUGAAAACGACUGCCAGCCUGGAAACUUAGUUAUGGUGAUUUCACACAAUGUGUUGAGUUUUUCAGAAACUGUUUCAGGCUUCUCAUUUUGAUAUAUGAAUCCCUGCAUAAUGUAGUAGUACAUUUUUGUCUGUAUUCUCAAAGCCACAAAAAUGACUGGUGAAUGGCCUGAAUAAAAUCUCAACACUAAUCUGUAUAGAA